UCCGCGCCUGUCAAACCCCUCAUUGUUCGCAGCUGAUGUCACUCGCAGUUGUGAGCGGCCGCCUUUCCCGGGGACAAUGUGGGACUGAGCGGCCCAGCCGCCGCGCCGCCGCUGCCGCCACCGCAGAACAGCCCCAGAGAGAGCCAGCUGAACCACAGCGUGGACACACUGCCCGGCCACUGUGGCCCCAGCCCCGCCUGACAGGAUGAGCAGUUCAGAUGCGGGGCUGGAGGAGGAGCCAGAGCUUAGUAUCACCCUCACCCUGCGGAUGCUGAUGCAUGGGAAGGAGGUGGGCAGCAUCAUUGGGAAGAAGGGAGAGACUGUAAAGCGAAUCCGGGAGCAGAGCAGUGCCCGGAUCACCAUCUCCGAGGGCUCCUGCCCUGAGCGAAUUACCACCAUCACCGGCUCCACGGCUGCCGUCUUCCAUGCAGUCUCCAUGAUCGCCUUCAAGCUGGAUGAGGACCUUUGUGCUGCUCCUGCAAAUGGUGGCAGUGUCUCCAGACCUCCAGUGACCUUGCGCCUUGUCAUCCCUGCCAGCCAGUGUGGAUCACUGAUUGGGAAGGCAGGUACCAAAAUCAAGGAGAUCCGAGAGACUACAGGAGCCCAGGUGCAGGUGGCAGGGGACCUGCUUCCAAAUUCCACAGAGCGUGCUGUCACUGUGUCUGGGGUGCCUGAUGCCAUCAUCCUGUGUGUUCGCCAGAUCUGUGCUGUUAUCCUGGAGUCCCCACCCAAAGGAGCCACUAUCCCGUAUCACCCGAGCCUCUCCCUAGGCACCGUCCUCCUCUCCGCCAACCAGGGUUUCUCUGUCCAGGGUCAGUAUGGAGCAGUGACCCCUGCAGAGGUCACCAAGCUCCAGCAGCUCUCAGGCCAUGCAGUUCCCUUUGCGUCACCCAGUGUGGUGCCAGGACUGGAUCCCAGCACGCAGACCAGCUCGCAGGAGUUUCUGGUUCCCAAUGAUCUGAUUGGCUGUGUGAUCGGGCGCCAGGGCAGCAAGAUCAGCGAGAUCCGGCAGAUGUCAGGGGCACACAUUAAGAUCGGGAACCAAGCGGAGGGUGCUGGGGAGCGGCAUGUGACCAUCACUGGCUCACCGGUCUCCAUUGCCCUGGCUCAGUACCUCAUCACUGCCUGGUAUCCUACCUAAGUCACCUAUGUUGCCUCGUUUACGACUUCUGUAUCGUUCCUCAUAUCCUGUCUUAUCCUUGUCCUUUUCCUCAGAUCUUCUCUCCUAUUUGUCCUCUUUUUUUUCUUUUUUUUCGGAGCUGGGGACCGAACCCAGGGCCUUGCUCUUGCUAGGCAAGUGCUCUACCACUGAGCUAAAUCCCCAAUCCCCUAUUUGUCCUCUUACCCUGUUUUGUCUGCCUUUGAUUUCUGCCCUCCCUCCCUUCAUACCUUUCCAACCCCUCCCUCAAGCACACCCAGCCCAUGCCCGCUCCUGUCUACUCCUCUAUCUUUUGGCUGACCUCAUGGCUCCUGUCUCACCCCCACCUUUCCCUUCAUCUCCCCUCUGUAUCCCUCUCUCCAGUCUAGAGACGGCCAAGUCUACCUCUGGGGGGACGCCUGGCUCAGCCCCCGCAGACCUGCCCACCCCUUUCUCGCCACCCCUGACGGCCCUGCCCACAGCUCCCCCAGGCCUGCUGGGCACACCUUAUGCCAUCUCCCUCUCCAACUUCAUCGGCCUCAAGCCUGUGCCCUUCCUGGCUCUACCACCUGCUUCCCCAGGGCCACCGCCGGGCUUGGCGGCCUACACUGCCAAGAUGGCAGCGGCCAAUGGGAGCAAGAAAGCUGAACGGCAGAAAUUCUCCCCCUACUGAGGCCGGCUGAGGCACAGGCGGGGGCAGGCAGGACCGCCGGCAGGGGCUGCCUCUACAUCCUUCCUGCCCAAGGAGACUCCACCACGGGGUCUCAAGCGCCAGUAAUGCCAGACGCAUGGAUGCACCCCCUACCCUGCCCCAUCUUUGGAGAUCCUCCUCAGAGAGGGGACAGUUCCUGGCCCAGGGUUCUAGGAGUUUGGCAGCCCCAGAGCAGGGGCUCCACCCCUUCAGACCUAUGCUUGGAUGCAGGGAGUAGCUGGGGCCUCCCCAGUGCCCUGCCGUGGGAGGGGCUACUCGUGUCCUCUCCAUCCCUUUGGGCUUCUUCCUGCUGCCCCAGUGGGAAUUGGAGGAGAGUGAGGGGUGGCUGGGGCCAAGCUUCUCUUCAUCCCCUGCAGAUCCUGCUGCUUCCACUGAUACCCUUUUGACUGGAAUAGACUGGCUGGGCUUGUCCGGGGGGCAACCCAAAGAGAGGGCUCUGCCUAUAGCAGGGGGUGUGGCCUGGGGGGCAGGGGCCCAGUUCUCAGCAGCAGACACUCUGUACAGUUUUUUUCAAUCCCCGUUUUUGAAUAAAUAUUCUCAGCGACCAGAAA